UACAAUUGUAAUAAAUAGAAACGUACCAAUCCUAUUCUUAACUAAACAAUUUAUUCAUUUUGAGUUGAUAAUGUCUGAAGAGAAGUUUGCAUCAAUUAAGGCUAAACGCCUGAAGGACGUUUUCCGUGAUGAAACUGAUAUCAUUCAGACAGAAUGGAUGAUCGAUUAUACUGUCACAAACAUCCUAAAAAAAAUUAAAUUGAACGAUAAUACUGUUGAAAUUAUUGACUGGGCAGAAUCCUUGGGACCUCUGGAACAGACUGGUCUUCAUGAAUUUGUUUUCCAGUGUAUCUUAAAGAAUGAUGAGAAUCAAAAAAUCAAAUUCAUUGCAUUUAAUGACGACGCUCGACGACUCUACCCUUUCUUUCGUCAAGAUUAUGUAGCGGAUAGACGAACGGCCGACGGAGAAUUGGGGCAGGUUAAGGGCUGGAAACAUAGAGGUAUGGGACUGGCCCUCGCCGGCCCUGCCGCAUUGACGGUUAGCGUGAGCUAUAAGGAAAGGGCCUAAAAACCUGGAAGGAACCGAAGGCCGCGCCACAGACCAACUCCCCAAGCCAAGGUGGAAGUGAUUCGUGCCGAAAGCUGAAUGGCACUGGGGUUACAGUGUUGUUAACGAGACCGUUGGGGCAUCAGGCCGCAGUCCACCGUAUUUAGGCCUUGCCCAGCA